AAAGAAAGAAAGAAAGAAAGAGAGAAAGAAAGAGAGAAAGAAAGGACUUGGGUCUAGGGAUGGCCUCUUACCAGCAACCUGAAGAUGAUACCAUGGUUCUCAUAACUGACAACACCACCACUACCAGCACCCCCAUAGCCAGCUCCAGAGAGAUCGACCGAGACAAGAGCGAUUCACCCCCGGACAAAGCUGCGGAGAAACCUGAUCCUUCUCAAAAGCCGCCCUAUUCCUAUGUGGCCCUCAUCGCGAUGGCUAUCCGAGAGAGUCCCGAGAAACGUCUCACUCUGUCGGGUAUCUACCAGUACAUCAUCACCAAGUUCCCUUUCUACGAGAAGAACAAGAAAGGUUGGCAAAACAGCAUCCGGCACAACUUGAGCCUCAACGAGUGUUUUAUCAAAGUGCCCAGGGAAGGAGGAGGGGAGAGAAAGGGCAAUUAUUGGACACUGGACCCGGCUUGCGAAGAUAUGUUUGAGAAGGGCAACUACAGAAGAAGGAGACGGAUGAAGCGUCCUUUCAGACCCCCUCCCAGCCAUUUCCAACAUGGUAAGACGGCUAUAUUCGCCAGUGACAGCUAUGGCUAUAUCGGUCCUCCCAAGUAUUUGCAGUCAACAUUCAUGAACAAUUCGUGGUCUCUUGCACAGCCGCCUGCGCCCAUGUCUUACGCCUCCUGCCAAAUGACCGGUGGCAACGUGAGCCCUGUCAGUGUCAAGGGACUCACGGGGCACGCUUCCUACAACCCUUAUUCCCGAGUGCAGAGCAUGGCUCUGCCCAGCAUGGUGAACUCCUACAACGGCAUGAGCCACCAUCACCACCCCCAUGCUCAGCAGCUGAGUCCGGCUCCACCGCCUUCUUCCAGCAAUGGAGCCGGUCUGCAGUUCUCAUGUGCCAGGCAGCCAACAGAUCUUUCCAUGAUGCACUGUUCAUAUUGGGACCACGACAGCAAACACAGCGCGUUACACACAAGGAUAGACAUUUAAACGUAAACGCCAACCGAGAUCCUAUCGAAUAAUUGAAACCAACCAACCUGCAUCCCCCGAUCCACCACCAUCCCCAGCACCCCCACCCACC